CAGUUCAAGAAACCCUCAUAACUGGUUCACCGGAGACCAGCUACACCUUCUGAUGUCUGGACAUCAAACGAUUAGGUGUUGUCUUUCUGUUGCAAAGUUACAAGUAUAAAUAAAACAAAAUGCAUCACCUGUAAUUACAUGUGUGUGUGUGUGUGUGUGUAUGAAAGAGUCUUUUGUGGGUACAUGGUGCUUCAUUUAACCAUCUUGGCGACUUGUCAUUGUCACACGGGAUUAGCGAAGAACGUUUAAUGUCACACUUGGAAUUACCUUUUCCUGUGUAAUAUGUUCAGUGAGCAUGUGUAUAUACCUCGGUCGUGUUAGCUGCUAAACGUCUGUGUUAAUUGCUCAAUGCGACUGAAUUUAAAAGUUUGAAAGUUCUCUCAUGAUGGAAACGUCAUCGAUUCAUCGCGUUCUGGUACACGUGCUCGUGUGUCUGGUGAUGCACGUGCAGCACCUGAAUGGCCAUGGGAGGCUACUGGAACCGCCUGGAAGAGGAAGUCUGUGGCGAUUUGGAUACCCAGUGGCUAAGAACUACGACGAUAAUGCUCUUAACUGCGGUGGUUUCCAGGUACAAUGGCUGAAGAACAAUGGUCGUUGUGGUUUCUGUGGCGAUCCAUACGACGGCGUCCAUAAACACGAGACUGGAGGAGUUUUCGCCUCGAACCUAAUACCGCGGACUUACAGCGUUGGCCAGAUCAUUGAUAUCACCAUCGAAGUUACUGCCAACCACGGCGGCUAUUUUGAAUUCCACCUGUGCCCGAAAUCUGUUCUUAGUCAAGACUGUUUCGACAAAUAUCCAUUGUUGGUGGUUGGCGAGGGCUAUCGUUAUCACAUAAAGUCUAGAAAAUCACCAAUGACCGUCAACAUACAAGCCCAGUUACCGCCAAAGAUAACGUGCGACCAUUGUGUUUUCCAGUGGAAAUGGAACUGUGGACAAAGUUACGGACGCGACAAGGUUAAGGGUGUUUACUGCAAAGGCUGUGGGAUGCAGGAACAGUUCUACAACUGUGCUGACGUCACGAUCGAGGAUCAUUCCGUGACGCCAGAGUCAUAUAUAUCUGACCAACAGAUGGUGAAAAAUCAGAUCAGCACUUCAUCUUUCACAAAACUCGACGACAAAUACAAACUUUACAAUCUCCACCAGUUCAUAAUACGCGGAACGAUACAGCAGAAACAGUAUUCCCGCCAAAAAUUUCACGUUCAGACGACCACAACAAUUUCACCGCCAAUACCGCAGCCAGAAGUUUUUCUGCUGAAGGAAAGUGCGCGUGUCUGUCAAGGCGCCUUGAUGUUUGGACGAUCACUUGAUGACUGGUGCAGUGUGAAUUGUGGUGCAGGAUUCUGUCCUUCAACACAUUAUUGUAUCCACGACAACUGGGGAUCCAUAUUCAACUGUCCUGGUCGGAUUUUCUGUAAAGCUGCGGCGUGUCAAGUUCAGACGUGUCCCAAAUACCCUACAGCGCAAUGCAUACCCUAUUGUUAUGGGUGCAAGGCUGUGUGGUUGCUGAGCGGCAGAUUUGUCAACUGUAGGCCUACCUAGCACAGCGAAGAUCACGUUCUUUCAAAGUGUAGUUUAAUUGCAAUAAAAAAUAAAUAAACUACAAGACCGACUUUUAAGUCCAGUUGUAAAAAUG